GGUAGUAUAUCACCAUAUCAAAAUUAUAGUAAUCAUAUUGGUUAUACUCUGUGUUUGUGUAGAAGAGACAAAAUGCGUUUAUGGCGUAACACAUUUAGAGAUCACACUAGAAUGAGUAUUGAAGAAAACGGCAUAGAUCCAGAUGAUGGAAAUUCUUGGAUGUGCAGUGCUUGUACGCUCCCAAUCUUCUCCACGCCCUUCACCACAAUCAACACCAGACACGGUCAAGUGCUCCUGCACGAUCAAUGCGCUAAUCUCCCCAAGAAAUUGAUGGAUAAUGCGUUUCACCCCGGCGCGCCCCUCAUGCUCAAGGAAAACUGGGAUUCAUCAUCAUCACAAUCUUGCCGUGAAUGUAGUAAAACAUGCGGGAGUAUGUUCUAUCAAUGUCUUGAUCCUUCUUGUGAUUUUCGACUCGACUUGUUGUGUAGUUUGCAGAUCAAAAUCUUGCACAGGAGCCACGAGCACAGGUUGACAGCGGUUAUAAGGGGCCGGGCUGCCUUCAGAUGCAGCGCGUGUGGAACGCAACAUGAAGGGCUAUCGUCUCCGUCGUAUCUGUGCACUGCUUGUGGUUUCUGGAUUCAUACAGACUGCGCUUCCUCACCUAAUGCUAUCCGACUAGUGCAACCACAGCAGCAUCGCCAUUCUCUUUUUCUCACCUAUGAUAUUGAUGUAGCUGCUACUUCUUCUGGAGAUUGCAAAUGUGCAGUCUGUGGAAAAAUAAUCUCGCUUGGAUUGGGUGCAUAUAUCUGUUACAAGUGUAAAUAUUAUGCUCAUAUUAGGUGCGCAACGUGGGAUCCUCGCUGUUUUGAGCCAGUGUUAAUUCGAGAUGCAAAGCUGGCCGACCUGCUCCAUCUUCCGAUGGCAGAUGAACGCACAAGCAUCGUGCGUUAUAUGUUGGAGAAUACUCAUGUUGGAGAAGAAGAAGAAGAAGAAUAUGGUGAUGAGGAGGUUGGUAAUCCCGAAUACGGAUAUGAUCAAAGAUUACAUAAACAUCCGUUGAUCUUUCAUGAUGAAGAUGAUGUUGAUGAUGAAGACGACGAUGAUGGCACAGGGCAUUCUUCAUCCCGAGUAUGCAAUGCGUGUGUUCAGUUCAUUUCCCCUCCAUUCUACAGCUGCUCCCAAUGUCCGGAUUUUCUCCUCCACGACUCUUGUUUCAAUCUUCCAGCCAAAAUCAAGCACCCAUUUCAUCCAGACCACACCCUUUCCCUCUUCACAAAAGCACCCAUCAAACAUUCUAUUGUAGAUUACUUCUUCUGCAAAGGUUGCUCGAUUAAGUGCUCAGGAUUUGCAUACUGCUGCAAAACUUGCAGAGACUUCAGCAUGGAUGUUUUGUGCGCACUAAUGCCUGCCUCAAUCUAUUGUACCCCCUUGCACCCAUGUAGAUCCGCCCCUGCCUCAAUCACCCACGCCUCUCACGGGAAGACGCACAUUCUUUACAUGUCGCGUUACUCUUACGGCAGGUGUAGCUGCUGCAACCUCAGCUUAUACUGGACAGUGUCGUAUGAGUGCGGCAAUUGUCGUCAUCUAAAACUACAUGCUCGCUGCGCUUUGCUUCCCACUACCAUUACCCACAAAUUUGAUGCACACCCUCUCAACCUAACCACUUCAACUAGGGAUGAUACCCAACAAAUUUGUGAGGUUUGUGAAGAGGAUAUCGAUAAAAGGUGCUGGAACUACAGCUGCAACGACUGCGAGCAAUGGCUUCACGUCAACUGCAUUCCCUUUCUGGAUCGUCGUUUUUCUAGGGUCAAGUUUGGUGGUAGUGUUGGUUUCAAAUGCCAUGACUGCCCCCUCACUGGUGUCCGAGAGAGUACACUUGCAGGUUAUCGCUGCGACUGUUGUAAGUCCAAAUUCAGGUAUGAAAACUAUAAGAAAGAACAUCGCGCAUAUGAAUGCUCCAAGUGUUGUUAUAAGAUACAUGAGACCUGCGCCAUGUCUGAGAUUCCGUGAUAAACUUUAGAUGUUUCAAAGAAAUAAGAAGUUUCUUCACAUCCACAUUUUAGUUGCAAGUUUAUUGUAUUCAGGUGUUGAUGCAGCCUCUCAUUACAGACAAUGAUGUAUCAGAAUAAUGUGUAUACAACUUGUUCUUUUAUA